UGCUCGCGACAUCGAAGCAAGAAAAUCGAGUGGAAAGCGGAGAGAGAGAAGUAAAACAAAAAAGCAAAAAAAACAGCGAACCUGCACACAUUUAAAUUAAUUAAAUGCCUAAAUGCUGCAACCGAACGCGUGUGCCAGUGCGAAAUUAGUUGGAAUCUACAAAUCAACGUAAUACCCGCAAAAGUGUCGCGUGAAUUUUUUUCUUGUGAAAGGAAAAGGCAAAGUGUUAAAAAAAUUUGCAAGAACAGCUACAAUGACAACAACAAAGAUGUGCAACAAAAUAAUAAAUCCAGAAAUAUAAUUUUAAAAAACUAAAUAAGCGAAGGAAAGCUACAAGAAGUAUACGAAUUUAAUUGCUGCUUUUUGCUUGACUUCCACUUAGAGAAGUUGAAAUAACACCGUUGGAUAUAGGACAAUUCCAGUCAAAGAACGCAUUAAUAAGAUGCUUACCCCUCCGUUACCACAAUUGAUCGAUCGCUUGAUCAUUGAUCACACAGAAUAAACAGUAUUCUCAGUACUAUGGUAAUAACAAUCGGUACGAUGGGCCUCGUGCCGCCGCAACCACAUCGAAAAUUUGCAAUGCAUCAUACCAAGGAGUAGAUGAAAAAUCCCCAAGAAUAUUAUAUAUGAAGUAAAUAUAUAAUAUAAACAGUAAAUAUAUUAAGUAUAUAUAUCGGUGGAUAAGGAAAGGGGAAGACCCAGAGGUGGAUGAAGAAGGAGGAGCACCCACACCCACCGCCGCACAAAUGAGGAUGCCACCAAAAGGUUGACCGCCUAAAUAAAAUAUUUUAAAAAAUAAAUACAAAACUUAUCUUAACCGCACGACAAAUUGGAAAAACAAAAACAACUGAAACCACCAAAACCACAACAGCAGCCACCGAAAGAGAAAGAGUGCUAAAACAAAGAGAGAGGAGUACACAACAAACAAUAAACAACAAAAAAAAAAAAAAACAGAAAAAUAAAUACAAUAUAAACUAGCAACAAAAUGUUACAAAACUCAAACGCCGCUGCCGCAGCGCAGUCAGCAGCACAGGCAGCCUCAGCGGUGGCCACACCGGCAGCAGCGGUGGCAGCGGCAGCGGCGGCGGCAGCAGCAGCCGCAGCCAACAAUGCCGCUCUGGCCGCUUCCUCCAUCCAGCCGAAGCUCAUCGUCAUCUGCCGGCGACCAAAUCAGGGAUUUGGAUUCACGCUGCGCCACUUUAUUGCCUAUCCGCCGGAAGAUGAUGCCGCGGCGACGGCAACUGCCUCCUCAACGGCCACGUCCAGCUGGCCACAGGAAGCCUCCAGUUUGGCCGGCAGCAGCAGCAGCAGCAGCGGUGGCGGCGGCGGCGGAAUCACCGGUUUGGAGCCAAUGUCUCCGACGUCGUUGACGUCGCUGCCGCCGUACCAAGUGAAAGCGAUGGAGACCAUUUUCAUCAAAGAGGUGCAGGCGAACGGACCGGCCCACCUCGCCAACCUGCAGACGGGCGACCGCGUGCUGAUGGUUAACAACCAGCCCAUCGCUGGCAUCGCCUACAGCACCAUCGUCUCGAUGAUCAAGCAGACGCCGGCGGUCCUCACGCUGCACGUGGUGCCUAAGGAGUGCGAUGUCCUGCAGAUGCACUACACGAGCAUUGCCCACACGCCGGAGUCGAACCGCCUGACCAUGUCGACGCACUCGCCCUCGCCCUCGCUGCUGGCCAAUGGCUCCCACAAAACCACAUUUCCAUCGGCAACAUCGGUGGCAGCAGCAGCAGCAGUUGCUCCUCCUCCUCCUACUCCGCAGCAGCAGCAGCAGCAGCAGCAACAGUUGAUCUCAUAUCCCGCUGUUGCAGCCGUUGCUACAUCAUCGCCGGCAGGAUCGCCGCAUUCCAAUCCCAAUAUCCAGACCCAUCAUGCUGCAUCCUUGCACGGAGGCAGUCGAUCGGGUAGCAUAACCAGCACUGCUAGCGGCGGAGGAAUCACUAUCCUGAGUAAGCAGUUCUACCCACUUCCUCUGCAGCAGCAGCAGCAACAACAACAGCAGCAACAACACCGUCAUCCGGCUAUGAGUGGCGGCAGUAGCAGCAUCGAUUUUGGGGACAUGGCCCACGGUCUGCGGCAGCAUCAGCAACAGCAACAGCAACAUCUCUACCAGCAGCAACAGCAACAUCAUCAUCAUCACCAGAUGAUCGCCACCGGCAGCGGCGGCUUCAUGCGUGCCAAUCAGCCGCCAAAUUUAACAGUAUUAUCGGCCAACUCGGCAUCGGCCACGCCCACUCCCACCGCCCGUCAACCCAAGUCAUCGAUGGCCCUUAGUCAGGCGAUAUAUGCGGGAUCCGGUUCCGUAGCCAUGUCCGGCUCUGGACCAGUAUCCGGGGGCAGUGAGAACAGUGACCUGAUGAUACGCUUACGGGAGUCGAUCAAGCAAAAGGAGGAGUUCCUCAAGUCGCCGGGUCCGGCUUCCCUGUCCUCCGCCUCAGCGGCCAAUGGCAAUGCGGCGCAGUCGUCGUCGUCCUCAUCGCCGGCACAACAGCAGCAUUUGCAGCAGCAUCAGCAGCACUUUUUUCCCUCACACACGCCGCCCGGUGGUGUACAGGUGGUGGCUCCCCCGCCACGCAGUCGCCACCAAGCGCUCCUUAAACAGCAGCAGCAGCAGCAACAGCAUCAGCAGGUUGUCCUGGGCUACGAUAUGUUUUAUGCCGGUGGCAAGCUAGUGCAGCGAUCAUCGACGGCUCCGGGUAGUGUUGUGAGCCAACAUCACCAGCAGAUGCACCACCAGCAGCAGCAGCAGCAGCAGCAGCAGGAACAGCAUCAUCACCAACACUUGCAUCAGCAACACCAGCAGAUCCAGCAGCAGCAACACCGCCAGGUUAUGAUCAAUAACAAUGCCAAGUACGCCAAGGAUCUCGAUUAUUUUGAGACGCUACAGGAAACGGGAGUUACCAACAAGGUAUUCGAACGGAAAUUGGUAUCGCACAUGUCCAAGGGAUUUGAUCCCUUUAAGCCGCUGUCUAUCAACACCAACGCUUUGGAGUCCUCCGCCAGCACAUCGAGCACCUCCACCUCCACGACCGCUACGGCGGUAAAAAAGCAGAGUGCCAUCCUGUACGAGUCGCUGCAACAGCAUCCGCUGGCCAAGUACCAUCAGCAAGGCGGCCAGCAGACAACGGUGGACGGACAGAGCAGCAGCAGUCGGAUGGAGCUGCACAAGGCGACGCUGGCGAAUGCCACCAUUGAUCCGGUGCCGCCAGCACCAGCACCAACCAACAGUAGUAAGUUUGUUGCGCUGCCGGAAAAGAAGGUGGCUUCUGUUGCCACGUUGGCGGAUAUUGCCGAGAGCAGUGCGGCCGCCAUAGUGGACAGUAGCUCCAGUGGAAACGUGGUUGUGCGACGCUUUAAGCCAUUAGCCUCAAGCUCUUUUGAUGAAGGCAAACCGAUGCGUCGAAUCUCCUAUUUGCGGGCCACCAACAACGAGGCCGACUUUAAUGCAGCAGAGGCAGCAGCGGCAGCAGCUGCUGGCGGGGAUCAAUUAGCAUCUGUACCAGCGCAAGCGUCAGCACCCGCAUCAGCUUCAGCUGCCGCGGCACCAAUGCCCAUUUCCAUACCCAUUCCGGUGGCUGCCGUCGUUGUGGAGCCGCAUAAAACGAAAUCCCUGGUUGAGGAGCAUCCGGAUCCCACUUAUGAUGUGAUUGGAGGCACUGGCGGUGGCCAUGAGUUUAUUGAGACGCCCAACGGCCUGGAGGAUGUGCGUCUGUCGGCCCACGGCAGUCGGCGGGCCUCCAUGAGCAGUGAUAUGCGAAGCAGCAUUCACAUUGAUGCCGAGCUAAAUGGCAAGUAUGUGCCCAACGAGCUGGAGGCCUUCGAAACGGAGAUUGAGAUCAAGUCCUCCUGCAUCAAUGGAAAGCGCAUGUCCGAGUACCGAUCGUGGCGUCAGGUGAAGCUGGAAAUCAAGGGCGAUCUGCUGCGCAUUUACUCAGGCCGCCAUGCCAAAUCGGAGCACAAUGUGAUAGAACUUGAUAUUAGAAACUUUAAGUUCUUCGACGAGUCGCUGGACAAGAAGAAGUACUUGAUCCGCAUGCAGUCGAAGCCAUCGCCCAGUGGAGCCCACUUGGCCACCUUGGGCAACGAGCUGAACCUGGACGAGAAUCACGACAAGCAGCUGCUGACCUCCUCGGGCAGUAGCAGUGCCAAUGAGCCGACAGCCUCCGCCGUCGCCUCCGCCUCUGCUUUGUCCACAUCCACCUCAUCGUCAACCUGCAGCAGUGGUCCCUACACCGAAAUCCUGUUCAAGACCAAGAGCAGCAACGAGAUGAAGCGCCUGUUUGGGCUGCUGCAGUGGAAGGAUAGCCUGAAUUAUGAUGAUAAUGAGCACCAACAGCUGCCCGGCAAGCAAAUGGCAGAGCCCCAGAAAACAGCCGCCACCUCGAGCAGCAGCAGCUACCUGGACGAUGUCCCAUCCGGUGGAGCAGCGGCAGCAGACAGCUCACCUUUGAGCUCCCAUUCAGCAGAGGCGGCGGCUGGUGGUCAUCAUCAUGUUUCGGCUUUGCCAGCCGCCGCAGCAAUUGUGGCCGCCACCAGCGACUCCAUAUCGCCGGUGAUGAAGGCCAGAAAGUCCUCAUCGCACAAGCAUAUACCCGAUAAGGAUUUGGGUUCCCCGAAAUCGAAGAACUGGAAGGAUUUACUCUUCCGCCGUGGCGGUGGCAGUGGCGGCGGCGGUGUCUCCCAUCAUCAGCACGACUUGGCAUCGCCAUCCUCUGGCUGCUCGUCAAAGCAAACCGGUUCCAUUGGCGUUCCCCUGCGCAACUGUCCCAUGUCAAAGCUGAAUCCCUGUGUGCCGCACCUGGUCGAGGUGUGCACCAAUAUCGUAGAGACCAAGGGCUUGAGUGUGGUUGGCAUCUAUCGUAUACCCGGCAACAAGGCGGCCAUAUCAGAACUCUCCGAGCUGGUCAACACCAAGGACUUUCAGUUCGAGAGCUGUGCCACGGAUGUGCGCUGGGAGGACGUGAAUGUGGUGAGCAGCCUGCUGAAGCUGUUCAUUAGGAGUCUGCCGGAUGCCCUGAUGCCGGCCAGCUAUUACAUCAAUUUCAUCGAGGCGGACAAGAAGGUGGGCCUGGAGAGGAUUGUGCUGCUGCGCGAGAUUGUGGAGUCUCUGCCGCGGCAUCCUUACGAGACGAUGAAGCAUCUGAUCCGGCACCUGUGCCGGGUGAGCGACAACUGUGAGGUGAAUCGAAUGGAGCCCAAGAAUCUGGCCAUUAUCUUUGGUCCCUCGAUCAUCAGGACACCGAAUGACACGCUGGAGACGGCGGUCAAGGAUAUGAAGCACCAGUGUCGGAUUGUUGAGCUGCUGGUGACGCAGUACGACUAUUUCUUUGAGGGCGGCAGUCUGCCGGACUUGGCCGAGGUCAGCGGCGCUUGUGCCGCCGUUAGUGCUGCCCAGCCUCAGCAGCAGACGCAGGAGGAUCAGACGAGCAUGCUGCUAAACAAUCUGUCCAAGAUCGAGCGAAUCACCGAGCGGGAGACCACAACGCGCACGUCGCGCUUUAUGCCGCAGCUGAGACGCAAGACCCAUGGCAAGCGGAGUGUGGUCAACUCGGACACUUACUCCGGCGAGAGUAUUCUGGUAAGCGGUAGUAGCUGCUCCGCCAGCAACACCACAUGCACCACAAACACCACCACCCACAACACCACCACAAGCAGUAGUAGUAGUAGCACCAUCACAACCACCACCACCACCACUACCAUCCAGCAGCGGCGACGGGCACAGCGCAAGGCUGUGCAGAGCAUUUGCGAUCAGGCUCUAAUCCUGCUCCUGCCCACACCCGUUUCCUCCGUCUCUCUGCCCUUUCAGUCGCUGGACUACGCCAAGGUGUCCUCUGCCUCCGCCUCGGCCUCGGCCAGCAGCACGGCCAGCACAUCGAGCAGCUCAACGCUGCACAGCGGCAAAGCGUCCGCCGCCUCAUCCUCGUUGUCCACCAGUUCCACAACCAAGCUAAGCUCAUCCUCUUCCAUAACGGCCACCUCAUCGAAGCUGUUGCAAAGUGCGGCUCUGAAGAAGCGCAGCACGGGCGGCUUCCUAGGCUCCUCCUCGCGUUCCUCACAGCAGACGACGCGCAAGGCCAGCCUGGAUGAGAAGGACUCGGGCAGCAUGGACUCCGCUGGCAGUCUGGCUUUAAAUUUAAAUCUGGCCAAGGAGCAGCAGCGCAGCAGUGUGGAUGUGUCGAUAUUGCUGACGGAUGAUGAGACCAGUAGCCGGCUCAGCGAUACGGGUUCCAUGUCGCUAACCACCAUCACGGACACGCUGGACACCAAGCUGAGGAACCUGCGCAGCGGCUCCGAGUCGAACGAUGAGAACGUUGCCGGCGGCGGUCGUGACUUUCCCAAGAAUCGGCGCCACACUUUAGGUCAGCCGCUGCACAUGCACUCCGAGAACAUUCCGUAUGCGGACGAGUCGCCCGAACGGCUGUUUCAUCAGUUUUGCAAUCCCUUGGAUGCAGCUCCCUUGUCCCUGCAUCUGAGUCGCUCCUGCACGGCCACGAAUACGAUUGGCGCCGGCAACGACGACGACGAGGAGCAGGAGGAGGAGAAGAAGCUAUCGAAGCCUUCGUCCAAGCCGCUGCCCCCGAGCUUGCUUAAGGCCGCCGCCCACAAGCUGCAGCAUUCGGCCACAGUGCCCAUACAUCAGGGCAGUUCUACGGCGCCUCCAAGCGGAGCAGCCACGCCCACUGGCAGCACUCCAACGGGCAGUGGAGGUGGAGUUAUGCCGCCACCGCCGCCGCGUAGCUCCUCAAGCAGUGUCAGCACGCUGACCAAGAGCCUGCAUACCACCAGAUUUGGCAGCAACUAUCUGAGCUACGAGCGAAGCCAAGCCACAGGGGGAGUGGGAGCAGGAGCAGCUGCCUCCGAGGAUGAUUCGGAGGGCUCCACAACCAGCGAUCCCAAGGAGAAGCUGAUGCUGGGCGAACGCCCCUCGCCCUCGUUUUUUCUCGAGCGCUACAACAAAAAGAGACGCGACCAUCGGUUAUUUCGCAGCGCCAGCUUCAACUGCCGAAACUACUCCACCCGACACCUGACCACCUCACAGACGACCACUCCGGGUGGAGGAGGAGGAGGAUCCUCCAGCGGCGUGGCAGCGAUAGCAGUGGGUAUGACCUGUUGCCAGGCACUGAAUCCCACCACCAGCACCGGCACUGGCCUGACCAAGGACGAGAAGACUGACAUGAAUCUGACCAAGAAGCGCCAAAUCCAGAACAAGCAGAAUCGUUCCAUUAAACGGCGGCACACGGUCGGCGGUCCUCAUGACUAUUCCGCCAGCAAUGGCAGUUGCUCAAGUCAUGCCCAUGCCCACGCCCACUUGCACUCGCAUUCGCAUCACGCACACGAUCUGGCGGCCAUCAACUACAAUCAUCACAAUCGCCAUCAUCAGCAGCAGCUUCUCAAGCUGAAUACCACGUCAGGUGGUGGUGGUGGUGUUUCCAGUGCCAAUGCUGCUGCGGCGGCAGAGACCACCACCACAACGACCACCACUACCACAAUGGUGCUGCGACGUCUGGAAGCGUCUGAGCCUGGCACGGGAUCAAGCAGCAGCAGCAGCAACAACAACAACUCGCCGCAAAGCGAUGGCAGCAAUGGGAAUGGAACAGCAGCCACUGGGGGAGUAACCCCACCGCCUGGCACCUCCGGCGGCGGUAGUAAUAGCAGCAGCAACAGCACCACACCGGCGGGAGCGGGGGAUCAGGUAGUGGAAGUGGGCAUACGCAUCAAGAACCUCAAUAGGGGACGCUUUUGAGCUCAAAAACCCUCAAAAAACAAGAAACACAGGAGUUUGAAUGGAAGAAAGGCGGGAUUACACCUGAAUAAACCUGAAUAUAUAUCCAUUUAUUAAGGAAAAAGCGUUUAAACAAUGAAAAGUUUGCACGAAACAGCAGAGCCACAAGAAAUUCGUUCAAAGAAAGCAGUAUUUUACAACAAUGAUAAACAAGUAAAUCAGUUUAACUAAAAAUAUAAACAAAAAAGGCAAGUUAACUAAAGAAAUAAACAAAAAAGAAAACAAGUUACCUAAAAAUAUAAACAAACAAAAAAUUAGGUAAACGCAAGAAAACUAAACAAAAAUGUGUUGUAAAAUCAAAGGGUUCAAAAAGCAAGUUUUCAUGAAUGUUUUUAAUCAUUCAGAAGAACUUGCUUAUACAUAUAUAUAUAUAACCCAAAAGAUUUAUGUCAAUAGAAACACAGUCACCAUAGUCUAUAUAUUAAUAUAUAAUAGAUAUAUAAUAAUAAUUACAAUAUAUAUCUAUUAUAUAUCGAAGAGUGUGCAAAAAUGUUGUAACCAGCAACAGUUUUUUGAGCCAGAAAUCAGGUAAUCAGGCAGAGAGCAAUUGCAAAAUGGUAAUAUCCACUUGAAAAUAUCAAGAUAUAUACUUUAUAUAUAUACUAAAUGUACAAGUGUCCCAACAACUAAUUAUUUAAUUAAAAAGAAAGCUUGACCAACCAACAAAUAACAAUGAAAAAAAAAACACCAAUGGUUGUUGUUGAGUUGGAAUAAUAAGAAAAGUUGGUACAUCUUCCUAUAAAAUAUUGUAAAUCGCCCCUAGAUGUGGCUUUCAACAACAACUAAUUAUUUAAUUAAAAAGAAAGCUUGACCAACCCAUAAAUAACAAUGAACACCAACUGUUGUUGUUGAGUUGGAAUAAUAAGAAAAGUUGGUACAACCUCUUAAAAAUAUUGUAAACAAUGCAACGCAGCAAAUGAAACAAUCGAAGAUGAAACUAUAAGAAGCGGCAAGUAAUUUAUUUAUUCGCACACUUACACUGAGAGAAAAACACACAAACUAAAAUGGGAACCAAGCUAAGAAUCGCGCAAAUGAGAGAGAGAAAGCAACAGAGUUGAAGAGACAGAGCGAAAGAGAGAGAUCUAUAUUGAGGAUAGACAAAGAAAGAGAUAACUAUUUUGUAAAACGUAUACAAGAAACACAUUAAAUACAGAGGAAAAACGCAUAAAUAACCCCACACACACAGACUCAUAUAUAUUUGUAAAAUAAUCAUAUUUAAUAUAACAAUUAACGAACGCAACAAAUUGUUAAAAAAAUAAACAUAAACAAAAAGGAAGGAAGGUGUCGCCUGUCCGGUUUGAAAGCC